AUGGAAUCGUGCUUCAUCUGUGGGGUGCGAAUGGGCCGAGGAAAUCAACCCACCAUCGGACGACAUGAGCGUAUGAGUAAAUUAGUGUCAGUGAGCCAUACUGUGAAUCAAUCCAGUACCGUGAUCAUCUCGGAUAUCCUGUCGAGAAUCCUCAAAGAGACCAUUGGUCGCGAAGAGACCAUUUGUCGGAUCUGUUUCAACCUUUUGAACGACAUUGAUUACCAUCUCAAAGAAGCUCAAGAGAAAACCGACGAGAUCACGGAUAAGUUUUUGGACAAGGGCAAAGAUCCUUUGAACUACAAACCCGCUCCCAUUGUCACCACGGAAAAGGAAUCUCCCCCAACUGCAUCCACGAAUAAAACCAGACGAGGACAUCGAAAGGCCAAAAAAGAGAAUUCUCCCAAAGUCGUUGUUCCUUCGGUUGAGAAACCCGAAGAUCUCUUUGAGGAUGAGAUGUCCGUCAAUACACUAAAUAAGAACAAGCAGAAGAUUCUUUGCCAUGUUCUCAAUCCGAGUAAAAAGGUCAAGCAAACCUCGUCCCCAGACAAGGUCACCACCCCCGCCCUCCCUGACCCGCCCCGAUUGUCAUUGAACCAGCCCAUGGAAGAAGAAGAAUUCGAAGACCUCGAAGAAUCCGAGGACGAUUCCGAUCCGGAUUAUUCGCAAGCUCAUGAAGCCCGAAAUGCGUCGGGCAAAAAGCGCAAGGGCAAAGAAAAUCGCGACGAUCAUGAGCCCGUGAGUAAAAAAUCACGCAAAUUCAAGGCCCCGCCUCCCUCUCAGGAAUUGAGCACGGUCAACUUGGACGACCUGGGCGACAUUCUGACCACGCCCAAAGCCUUCUUCGCGAAGAAAAGUGAGCCUGUGAUGAAGUCCGGAAAGAAAGCCAGCAAGAAAUCCAUCCCCGAGGAAUUGAUCAGUCCUGAAGAAUCUCAAUUAGUGGGCGAGGACGAGGAGUUGGGUUCGACUCCCGGCGUGACUUGCCAAAUCUGCGGAAAAAUGUUCAAAAUGAAGAGCAACCUCCACCUUCACAUGGAACGGGUCCACAUGACCAAUCCUGCUUUGGUGGCAGUGGACGAGAGGCAAAUACCAGAGACUCACAAAUGUCACUUAUGUCCACGAGAAUUCACGAACGAGAAAUCCCUGACUGUCCAUAAAUCUGAGCACAGUGCAGAAGCUUUGGAAUCUCGAUCUAUGACAGUGAAUGUGAAAGUGGUGAAGCCUCCAACGGAUUCCGAGGUCAAAGCGACAUGUCCUCAAUGUCACAAGACCUUCCGACGCCAUUUUAACAUGAGAAUACAUGUUGACAGAGUCCACAACAAGUUAAAGAACUUUCCUUGUUCGAAAUGUGAUAAAAGUUUUGCCACCAACUCGGAUCUGAAGCAACAUAUGAACGUUCAUGGAGAUGGCCGGGUUUUGAAUUGCGAGGAAUGCGAUCGAACAUUCACCAACCGAGACUCUUACAUCUUUCACAAGAAGCAACACACGAACACUCGCACCCAUUUCUGCGUGAUCUGCAAGAAAGGCUUCUUCAAGUCGUCGUGUCUAAAUCGUCAUAUGAGAUCGCAUACGGGUGAAAGGCCGUACAAAUGUGAUUAUUGCGGCAAAGGAUUCAGCCAGAGUACUUCUUUGAAAGUGCAUAUGGCCAAAUGUGGACAAAAUCCGGGCUCAGAACCUCCAGAGGUUGACGUUCGAGCUCCUCCGAAUAAUGCAUCAGGAGGAAAAAAUGCCCAGAUAUUGGGCCUUUGAGGGUAUAUAUACGCUAGUAACCUUGUUUUUUUCGGGUUGGAAGUGAAAUUUCCAAUCAAUAUUUUAUGAAUAGCCCUCGUAAUCAAAUAAAUGAAGUUUUUUUGAAAGGA